AAAUAGGGGUAGCAAAUGGCGGAGAAUAAACAUAGAAUGCAAAUCAUGGCUGCACAAAAUAGUAAGAGCAGGACCUUCUGGUGCUCUUCAGCAUGCGUGGUGCUUGUUUUAUUAGUGUUUGUGGAUGUGGGAGUGUGUCAAAAUUGUGGAUGUAAUGGACUGUGUUGUAGUCAGUAUGGAUACUGUGGAAGUGGAGAUGCCUACUGUGGGGCUGGUUGUAAAGAAGGGCCCUGUUAUUCUUCUUCUCCUCCUUCUACUGGCGCCGGAGUGGGUUCUAUAGUUUCUUCUGAUGUCUUCAACUCUAUAGUUGGAGGGUGCGAAGGAAAUGGGUUUUAUAAUUACGAUUCCUUCAUUAAUGCUGCUAAUGCUUUCAAUGACUUUGGGACAUCUGGGUCUUCUGAUGUUAAUAAGAGAGAAGUUGCUGCCUUCUUUGCUAAUGCUGCCCAUGAGACUGGAGGGUUUUGCUCCAUCGAAGAGAAGGAAAAAGACGUGUACUGUGAUCCCUCCUACACUCAGUAUCCCUGCACCCCUGGCAAGAGUUAUUAUGGCAGAGGCCCUCUGCAGCUCUCAUGGAACUACAACUACGGAGCGGCAGGAAACUACUUUCAGUUUGAUGGGCUGAACAAUCCAGAGAAGGUGGCCACUGAUUCGAGCCUCUCAUUUAAGACGUCGGUGUGGUUUUGGAUGGUGAACAGCAACUGUCAUAAGGCAAUCACGUCUGACCAAGGCUUUGGAGGCACCAUUAAAGCUAUUAACAGCGGGGAAUGCGGCGGUGGAGAUGAUGGAAAGGUGAGCAACAGAGUUGGGUACUUCCAGAAGUUUUGCCAGCAACUCAACGUCGACCCCGGACAGAAUCUUCGAUGUUAAUUUGCCAAUUCACAUCAGCUCCAUAAGCGAAGUGUUCUGAUUUCCUAAUCAGACCACUUUUAUCGAUAUUAUUUUAGUUUUUCAACUUAUGCUCUUUCUGAGAUUACAAUAUGUAUGCGAUCAAUUUUCCAUGCGCUCC